CCCGCCCUCCCCACUCCUCCACAACAUACACCAUGUCUCCCUCUCUCCUCGCCACACAGUUCCCCUCCCACGCCCUUGUGGCCCCCAUCGCAGGCACCCUCCGCAAGCUGGGUUCCCUCUCGCCCUCCAUCCGCUCCCUUGACAGUCUCCCUGAAGACUCUGCGGAAUACUCGCCCUCCUCCGCGUCCUCUUCAUGCUCCUUCCCCUCUGACGCCUCCUCCGACGCCACCAUCUCAGACACUGCCUCCUUCGACGCCACUUAUGUCCGCCCUAAUGAACACCUCGCCGUCCUCCUCCCAAAGCAUCUUUGGAAGCCCGAUUCCCAAGCGGCAUCUUGCGAAACCUUCACCUGCCCGAAGCGGUUCUCCAUCUUCGAACGCAGACACCACUGUCGCAAGUGUGGCGGCAUCUUCUGUGCCACCUGCUCCUCUCGCAGGACGAGCCUCCUCGACACGUCCAAUCUCGACUUCCUUCACCCGCCACGCAACACUCCCAUAGCCCAGUUCGCGUCACCCACUUCGCCUCUCUACGCAGCUCGCGUGUGCGACGCCUGCUUCGACCAACUCUACGGCUGUCCUACUCCCCGUACACCCGAACCAUCUCACGCUCCCCUUGCACCUGUAUCUGCACCGCUACCCGUUACCACCUCUCCUCGCUCUCGCACUAGCUCGAGAAGCAGCUCUAUUGUCAUUCUCACCCCUCCCGACGGCCAAUCCAUUGCCCCUGCCGUUGCCGCUAUACGCCGCCGCUCCAUUCGUCAGCAACGGCUCAGUCUGCCACCGCCCUCAGACCCCUCCGUCGCACCCGAAGUUACCUCUCCCGUAGGCGAGCUCGACUCUUAUCCCUUACGAUUGAAGAGCGAGGUCUGCAAGCGCACCGGUGGUGGUCGAUGGACCCCGAAGAAGUGCCCUAUCGAUGCUGCCGCUCGCCUUCCUGGCCGGAGACCUCUGUAUGAGGUCGAGAUGGAACAGGAGGAGGAGCGCCAGCGAAGAGCACGCGAGAACCCUGUGGUCAAGGAUGGAGACUUCCAGAUCCGCAUCGCUCGUGAUCUUCAGCCAGGAACUCCCUACGGUCCUUGCAUCCUCUCCACAUUCUAGUCUUCUCUUCAGCAUCGCUUCUCUGGUUUUCGACGUCCAUAUUACUCUAGGCGAACAUAUACUACGCUCCCGCGACACCCUCACCACAACAAUUGUACUAUAUAAUCUCGCAUCACUCUUCAAGACUAUCGUCGCCGCGUUCGCCUCUUGCUAUCUUAUUGUUCCAUAUAUAUACUUUAUUCCGCUCAUCCUCUGCAUCCCGCUACGGCGCCGUCCUAUCCCCUACUUGCCCUGCCCUGCCUCGCCCUCAUGCCCCCGAUAUGCCCCACUUGCAUGCUCUCCUCCGUCAUCUGUGUAUACCUCCAUCGUCUUGCUAUACCUGUCUGUUUUGCUAUACCUAUGAACCCUCGUCCUCUCCCUCUCGUCUCCUCUGGUCUCCCGCGCGCCGUCUUGUUUAUAGUUCACCUGCCUUUUAUUCGUCUCGGACAACUCGCAGUCCCAGCUGACUUUUAUUCCUUCACUCUUAUUACUCUCUGGGGUCUCGGGUUUCUAUUCUCAUUAUUGUCUCUUGUCUGUCUGUCCUUUAUUACCGCUCCGGUUCUUGGUUGGUUUCACUCCUUUUGUUCCAGUACCUUCUUUUCAUACGAUGUUGUUGUUUAGCAGAUACUUGUUUCGUUCCUUUGUCGUUGUUGCGUGUGGGUAGAUACACCGAGUAGAUAAAGUACAGUAAUGCAGAACCACGUAGACCUCUUCUGCCCC